GGACAUUAAUAUAAACGCACAUUGCCAAAUUCCACACUAAAGCUCUAAAAAUUCAAAAUAAUAAAGUCUGAAAGGAGGAAGAGUUGCCGUAUUUUAGUAAUAUCGAAUAUGUAUUUGCAAAUUGUGGAAAGUCUCUUAAUAACGUAACGUCACAAAAUAAAAAACAAAAAAGCAUGCAACAUGGAAACUACAUAUAAGUUACUCCCUUCUUUACGUUAAUUCUCUUUAAAGCAAGCCUUCGCUCUUCAACUUCUAUUUUAACAGAUCAUACCUCUCCAAUAAAACUCUUACCCUUUUAUGUCACCAAUCACAUCAAACAUGUUCAAAACAACGACGACCCUUCUCUGUUUUGUUCUCGCCGCCGUCAUCCUAAUGGACCUUACUUCCUCCACCGCCACAGACACCCCGACUCCCUCUACCGCCACAGAAACGUACAUAUUAGCAAAAUGCUCUCCGGCCAAAUUCUCUCCUGGCUCUGCCUACGAGACCAACCUCAACUCUCUCCUCUCAUCCCUCGCCAGCUCCACCGUCCAAAGCCCCUACAAAAACCUCACGUUUCCCUCCGGCGGCGUAAAGCCCGAACCGGCCGUUACCGUCUACGGUCUUUUCCAGUGCCGCGGUGACCUAGACCAGACUUCUUGCUCCUCGUGCGUAUCACGCGCCGUCGCACUGGUCGGAAACACAUGUCCCAACGCAUAUUGCGGGUUCUUGCAGAUGGAAAACUGUCAGGUCCGGUACGAGAAUAGCUCCUUCUCUGGCGUUCAGGACAAAACGUUGAUGCUCAACAGAUGUGGACAGGCGAUGGGAUUCAACGACCAGGAUGCGUUGACCAGAAUCGGUGACGUCAUCGGUUCUUUGGGUUCCGGAGAUGGGCUCUACAGGACUGGUGGGAAUGGGGAUGUGAAGGGUGUGGCGCAGUGCACGGGGGAUCUAAGCACAGCACAGUGUCAGGAUUGCUUGACUGAUGCAAUCGGACGGCUCAGAUCUGACUGUGGAAUGGCUCAGGGUGGAUACGUUUACUUGUCCAAGUGUUACGCGCGUUUCAGCGUUGCUGGUAGUCACGCGCGUCAGACUCCUCCAUACCCAAACUUUGGAGGAGAGAAAGACGACAAAGAUGAUGACGGCAUCGGAAAAAUACUGGCGAUAAUAAUUGGAUUCAUCACCUUUAUCAUCUUGCUCGUCGUGUUUCUCACUUUUCUUGGAAGGCGAUGUAGAAAUUUACAAGAUGAGAAAUGGUGUAGUCAUUGAAAGGAUAAAAUUGGGAAAGAGAUCAACCAACAACUCGAGUCAAGCCACUACUAGUUGUAUUUUUGUAAUCUAAUUUUUGGUUACCCGUUGCCUCAUACGUUGUAGUUAUAUAGUAUUUAUAUGAUUAUCUUUUCGACUCGAAUUUUGUAUUAUUGUCGGACUUCUAUUUGCCAAAACGAUUUAAAUGAAAAAUAAUUGACAGAAACCUCCUUCCUAUAUAUAUCUUCUAUUUGGAUAUGAAGGCAGCAUUCGAUUUGGUAUCUAGA